AUGAAUUCUUCUUAUCAUGGAAUUACUGAAUAUGCUGCAUAUGGAAUUCAAUAUCCUACUGAGUUAGGAUAUAUUAAUUUUACCACCGCAUCAAAUACGUCAUCUUUAGGUAUGGGAGGAAUGAUGAAUUUAGGCAAUAUUGCUAUUAUAAAUUGUAAUUAUUUAAACAAUGAAUACCGAGGAGUUGAUAAAGGAAUAAUUUAUUGUUCACGCACAUGUACAUAUUCAAAUUGUUCAUUCAUUGGAAACAAAGGAAACUAUUUAUUUUAUUUCAAUCCGUCUUUCGAAAAUUGUUACUUUAAUGAAAACACAGUCAGACAAACUUUCUAUGAUGAUUCAUUAACAAUUGAAACAAUGGAACCAUUAGAUUCAACAAUAUCUCAUUAUAUUACGGAUGGAUGUCCUAGCGCAUAUUAUAAUGAUCCAUUGGCAGAUAAAACAUUAAUAAUUGAUAAAUUUGAUCUAGAAGAUAUCAAAAAGAUGGUCAAAAAUGUAUAUAAAUCUUCUAUUUUUGAUAAAGCUUUUCUUGGAAUGUAUAAAUAA